AACCAUUAUUGAACGCCUUAUUGAAGAAAAUUCGAAGAGAGGCAAAAAUGGGGGCAGGGCAAGCGAUGAAGAGAAUCCCACGCAUCAAAUUUCCUCAACGCCAUCCUAAAUCCUCUGGUACAGCCAACCAGGCCGAUGGCUUGUCUGCACAUGAUCUCAAGAAUGAUGAUCUUGUUAUGAAAUUCUUCUCAAGGGCUCCAUCUGCGGCAUCGGGAGGGAAGGCUUCUGAUCAGCCUAAAAGAACUCCUGUUUCUCAAGACGAGAUUGACGCUGUCAUGUUGGGUGGCUGUUUCUAACGUGGUGGAGGAAAACAUUCAAACUAGUAAAAUGAUUCACAUUGAGGCCUUUUUGUGUUGCAAGAAACUCUUGUUUGAGUGAUCAACAAAAUGAGUGUAUAUUUGAGUAGAUACACUUAACUUCCUUGAUAUUUUAAUUGUAAUGUGCUCAAAACCAAAAUGCUUAACUUCUUCUUAGUACUUGAAUUUGUACCAAUAAUGACACCCAUGAAUGCCCAAGAGAAAUGGUUAUUGUUUUA